AUGGCUGACGAAAAGGGACUCGAGGACAUCGAAGCAGCUGGGCCCAAGUCCAAGGAGCAAGAGGUAGACUGGCCGUCCCUGGACAUGGACGCCGAACAACAGAGUAUUUCCCACAUACCCAAACCAUCACUCUCCCAGGACCGUCGACGCAUGAUUGUUGCCUUGUUCCAGCACCUCGACAAGGGCAGCUGGCUCCUAGUUGAUGUGCAUCCUUGGAAUGAGAUCUCGUCUCUGGCAGACGACACCUGGUUUAUUGACGUUCAGCCGGAGCUCGCAAGAUUGAGGAUUGCGCAGAGACACGUACCAGCUGGCAUUGAACCAGAUAUGCUACAUGCUCUUGCUCGUGCGGACAAAAACGACAUGCCGAAUGGUGCACGAAUCCGCGCCCUCCCGAUACCGCCGCGGUACAAGAUCCAGAGCGUCGAGAGCCAGCCACAUUCGCCUCCAGCAUCAAGGAUCAUUUCCACGAUGUCGAAACAACAUACACCAAUACAUCGAGAAUCCGCUGUGGUCUCUUGA